AUGCAAACAUCCUCGCCCUUAUCCUCACCCGUGUCACAGGACAAGCAGUACCCGCGCGACUGGUGGCUCUCGCGGGGGCGGCUGAGGGUGCAGCUCUUCAACGCGGAUGGCACCCCCACCAACCCCGAGGUGCCAACACGCCGCGAAAUGCUGCUGCGCGUCGCGGAGUUGGUGCCGAAGCACCCCGGCCGCCACAAGAAGCCGGGCGCAAAGGCCGACGGCGCCGGCGGCAGCGGCGUGAGCAGCAGCGGCGGCACGGCGGCGGCGGGCAGCAAACAGUCUGCGAAAAAGGGCAAGAAGAAGAAGUAG